AUGCCUACAAACUACGAGUAUGAUGAAGCUAGUGAAACGUGGCCGUCUUUCAUUUUAACCGGGAUCUUGAUGGUUGUCGGACCUAUGACACUGCUUCAAGUAUACCAAAUUAUCUUUAGGUCCAAUGCUGAAGAUGUGGAUUCAGGGAAUGAAAAAGAGUUCAAUGAGGAAGUUUUUGCAAAGCUGAAUGAACAAUACACUAGUGAUGAAAUCAAACAAUUUAGAAGAAAGUUUGACAAAAAUAGUAAUAAGAAGUCCAAAAUAUGGAGCAAGAGAAAUAUUAUAAUUAUUAUAGGUUGGAUCUUAGUUGCAAUUCUUCUGCAGAGAAUUAAUAGUAACGAAGCGAUUCAGGAUGCAGCUACAAAACUAUUCGACCCUUAUGAAAUCCUGGGCAUCUCGACCAGCGCUUCUGAUAGAGAUAUUAAAUCUGCUUAUAGAAAAUUAUCUGUCAAAUUCCAUCCAGAUAAGGUAGCCAAAGGAUUAACAUCUGAUGAAAAGAGUGUGAUGGAAGAAACUUAUGUACAAAUUACGAAGGCCUAUGAGUCCCUUACCGACGAAUUGGUCAGACAAAACUAUUUGAAAUACGGUCAUCCAGAUGGCCCGCAGUCUACUUCACAUGGUAUUGCCUUACCAAGAUUCUUGGUGGAUGGCAGUUCAUCUCCACUAUUAGUGAUUUGUUAUGUUUCACUACUAGGUUUGAUCUUACCAUACUUUGUUAGUAGAUGGUGGGCAAGAACUCAAUCCUAUACUAAGAAGGGAAUUCAUAACGUGACAGCCUCUAACUUUGUUAGCAAUUUAGUAAAUUACAAACCGUCUGAGAUUGUUACUCUAGAUUUGAUCUUGCAUUGGUUAUCAUUUGCUCAUGAAUUCAAACAGUUUCUCCCAGAGUUACAACCAGCAGAUUUUGAAAAACUAUUACAAGAUCAUAUCAACCGUAGAGAUAGUGGCAAACUUAACGAGGCCAAAUUUAGGAUAGUAGCUAAAUGUCAUUCCUUACUACAUGGGUUAUUAGAUAUCGCUUGUGGAUUCAGAAAUUUGGAUAUUGCGUUGGGUGCAAUCAAUACUUUCAAAUGCAUUGUUCAGGCCGUACCCUUAACACCAAACUCUCAAAUUUAUCAAUUGCCUAACGUGGAUAGACAGCAUUUCAGUAACGAGAACAAGGGUAUUCAUACAUUGGGUAAGAUGUUUACUUUAGAAGAUGCCAAAAUUGGAGAAGUUCUUGGUAUAAAGGAUCAAGCAAAGUUAAACGAAACUUUGAGAAUUGCAUCGCAUAUUCCGAACCUGAAAAUAAUUAAGGCAGAAUUCCUUGUUCCAGGUGAAAAUCAGGUAACACCAUUAUCUACUCCAUACAUUUCUUUAAAAGUGCUAAUUCGUUCUGCCAAACAGCCAUUGUUACCAACUAGUCUGAUUCCUGAAGACAAAUUAACAGAGCCUCAAGAUUUUGAAUCUCAAAGAGAUCCAUUCGCUAUGAUGAGUAAACAACCAUUGGUUCCAUUUUCAUUUGCACCAUUUUUCCCCACAAAGAGACGUGGGAGUUGGUGCUGUCUAGUGAUUUCUCAGAAAGAUGGUAAAAUACUCCAGACACCAAUUAUCAUUGAAAAAUUAUCAUAUAGGAAUUUGAACGAUGACAAAAGUUUCUUUGACAAGAGGAUAAAACUGGACUUGACCAAAGAUGAGAAGUUCGAUGUAAAUGAUUGGGAAAUUGGGACCAUAAAAAUUCCAUUAGGUCAACCUGCACCUGAAAUUGUUGGAGACUUUUUCUUUAGGGUAAUUAUUAAAUCUACAGAUUAUUUUACCACGGAUCUAGAUAUAACUAUGAAUAUGAAAGUCCGUGAUUUGCCUGUAGUGGAAGAAGUAGAUGUUUAUUCUGAGGAAGACGAUGACUACUCUAGUGAUGAAGACGAAAGUGAAAGUGAGGACGAAAGUGAUGCUAGCGACUAUACCGAUAUCGACACAGAUACUGAUGCUGAAGAGGAUGAAUCGUCUGAAUAG